AUGCGAGGAGCUGGCAGCCCUCCAAAGUCUGAAAGGGACUACGACGGGGAGGAUAUUUUCGGCAAAGUGUACCAAACCAUGGAAGAGUUGGACCUGGACUGGUCAAAGCUGGCCAGCAUCACAACUGAUGGGCUUCUAGUAUGGUGGGCAUGUCUCGGGGUCCACUGCCAAAUUCACCAGCAAGCACUGUGCUGCAAAGUGUUGACGUGGGAUUCUGUCAUGAAGGUUGUGGUGUCAUGCAUAAACUUCAUCAGAGCAAAGGGACUUAAACACAGGCAGUUCCAAGAAUUCCUGUCUGAACGGAAUCUGCGCACAGAGAUGUGCUGUACUACACAGAGGUCCGAUGACAUGACAGAAAUGCUGAACAGCUUUAACUUGCAACUACAAGGCCAGGGGAAACUCAUUUGCGACAUUAUUCCCACAAAAGCAUUUGAGGUGAAACUAGAGCUGCUUUUGGGACAAGUGAAAAAGCACAGCUUCAUCCAUCUCCCUGCUACACAAAACCUCUCUGCAGAGAACCCAGCGGUCUCGUUUCCAGCUGAAAAGUGUGUGGAAGCACUGGAAAUGCUGAAGGCGGAGUUCGAACCCAUUUGUUGCGACAUUGAUGAAGCCCAGCCUUCUUAUCAGUUUGAGUUGGCCGAGUUACAGAACUGUGAUGUUCUGAAAGACGCAUUCAAGCCCAACAGUCUCAUUGACUUCUAUGCCGCCCUCCCAAACGACACGUACCCUAACAUCAGAAAACACGCAAUGAAGAUGUCAACACUUUUUGGCAGCACGUAUAUCUGCGAGCAAACCUUUUCACGCAUGAAACUGCUGAAAACUCCAAUGAGAUCAAGACUGACAGAUGAACAUCUGCAUCAGUGUUUGAGACUGGCAGUGACUAAAAUGGAACCUGACAUUCAACUUCUCACCAGCCAGAUGCAGGCCCACAGUUCACACUGA